AUGACCGUGCUCACUUCCACCUGUAGAAAGUUGGACUACGUCAUCCUGAGAACAAAUGAGCUCUACUUUGACACUCAAGGACGUGCCCACUUUUCCAGCCCUCUAUACACCGCCAGCAACGUGCAUGCUUUCAGAACACUAAGUAUGAAUAGAUCACUUCUUGUCUGGAACCAGCUCGGUAUGCCGUUCAGUAAAAUAAUCGUUGGUUUCACUGGGGUAGGUCGACUUCUGGAACUGGUCAAUGAGUCCGACUUUUAUCCUGAAGCUCCAGUCACAUCCAGGACACUUCGUGGCCCUCUCUAUAACUUAUCUUCCGGCUUGGCCUACCCAGAG